AUGCAGUUUAACCUUAAUGGCUUAGACAAAGAAUGUGCUGCUUGUGAAAAAGCAGGCUGUGCUAGAAGGUCCCAUCGUGGUCCUAAAGGUGUCUCUUUCCCCACCCUCCCCUCUCAGGAAAACAUCACCUAUAUCACCAAUGCAGGCGUUCGGGACGCAAUUCUGAACCUGACUUUGACGGCUCUGGCUCCCAAAUUCCCUCUCUUCCAAACCAGUGACUACGAGCUGUGGUUCCAAAUUAAUCUCGUGGUCCUGCUGGCCAGCUUCCGUCCUUCAGUUCUGGUGGUGAUCCCCGCCAACCUCACCUGUGACUAUUACGAUGCAGUAUUGAAAGGCCUGGAGAACGCUUUGGCAGUUCUCCCAUCUGGAAUUGGAGUGGAGUUGAAGUCAAGUAUAGGUGAACUUCGACAGUCAGCACCAGAAGGCUGCACGCCUCCUCGCCCUGUCGGUGUCUGCGAAGAAACAGUAGUGGACGAGGUGAGGCUGUGUGAAAGUGUCAACCGCGAUGGACUUGGGAGCCAGGUUCCUUCCUCGGAUCGGCUGUGCGACUUCGGCAUCUCUGAAUAUGCCUGCUCUUCGGUUGCAUCAUCUCUGUCCUCUGGCGACCUCGUCACGCUGCUGACUUGCAAGCAGCCGAACAGCACGACCGGCGCGGAGGCGUGGACUUUUCUUCCAGAAAGUCGCGGGAGUCCUGGAGGUUGCUCUGUCAGCAACCUCAGUGACCGUCAGCCUGAGCCCCACGUUCUCGAUGCCAUCGGAGAGGUCAAAGUCAACAACUUCAGCGCCACACAGCUGACGGAUGUCAGCUUCGUUGCCCACUGGUUCCAGGGAAGGCUGAGACCAUUCUUGCCAGCAGCCUCAAAGGACUUCCUGUCCUGCCUUAGCUCCAAGAACUUCAGUUGCGACACCUACCAAGUUGUGGUGCAGGCACUCAGUCGUCAGGCGUCCCUCAUGGAGGUGGGGCAACAACGGCUCGUCUUCGCUGAUUUCGUCCUUCUCUUCCUCUCUCGAGAUGACCUAGCAGAUCCUGCCUGUCUUGCUAAGACCACGAGCAGCGCUGACUGGCUGGAGAAGAACUUUGGCAACUUCUCUGUCUACGCUACCUUGGAGCAGUUGCAAACGCUGAAUGCAAAUUUCUCCAGUUUUGAAUCGUUGACGCUGCUGAGCCCUAGCCAAGUAGCUGAGCUGACACUGAGCUCCGGAGCGUUGAACAGCACCAAUCAGAUCGACGCUGUGUUCGACCGCCUGGAGGACGGCGACGCUUUCAAGAACGUGGAGGAGUUCCUGACGACUCUAACCGCAAAACCUGAGAAUCCUGAUAUCACCCCUGCUGUGAGAGACGUGAUGAUGAACCGAACCUUCGUAAUCAUUGCACCCAAGCUCCAGGAAUUUGCGGCUCCUGACUGGGAAGUGUGGUUCACCGUGAAGCUCAUCCCCAUCCUCCCCAGUUUCACCGCAGAAAUGCUGCUAGAGGUCACAGCUGACGUCAACUGCACCAACUACCACGUGAUUGUUAAAGGAUUGAAUGUGGCUUAUUCACAAAUGCCUGUUGAAAGAAGAGAGGAAGUUGCUGCAAAUCUAGUAGUUUACCUCAGACAUUCUGUGCACCAGAUCAGUCAGCCAGCCUGCAAACAGGUUGUCCAAAAUGACACUGACUGGCUUGCUCUGAACCUUGGUCAGUUUUUCACCUAUGUUCCUAAUUCAGACUUGGCAGAAUUCAACAUCUCUAGGGAAGUCAUACUUGACUCUCUAACUGGUGAACAGAAAGUGGAGAGAAUCUUGACACCAGGUCUGGUGGAUGAGGAGUCUGCCGUUAGAGAACUGUUUGGAUCUGUUGUAAAGUCUUCCGGCCAGAACCAGUUGGAUGAAUUCUUUGAGAAAUUCGUCAGCAUGUCUGCACAGAGAAACGUGUCAAGCAUCAGCACAGCUGUGAGCAGCAUCAUUCUGAACAUGACAUUGACGGACCUGGUGAACAGAUUUGAAACCUUUGAGCCGCAGAUCUUUGCUUUAUGGUUCCAGUCAUACCUGCAUGUUUUCCUCCCUGGGAUCGGUCCGGAUAGCCUUUCUGUCAUCCCCAGGACCAUCAGCUGUGGUUCUUACAGAGAAAUUGUGAAAGGCUGUGAUGACAUUUUCAGCACUCUCACACCGAUUCAGACAGAGUACGUCUACAGUUUCACACGAGACUAUCUCUCCCAUCAGCCCAGCCAAGGAAACUCCUGUGUGCAGAGUACUAACAGUGACUCUGACUGGCUGCUGAAAAACUUUGGACAGUUCCGCAUCAUUGCCAACUUCACUGACUUUAUCAACUUGAAAAGAGACUUUAAUGGGGUCAAGGCUGCAGAGUUUCUGACUCCAUCUCAGCUGGCUGAGCUUUGCUCCGACCCGUCACGUCUCAGCGGACCAGCGGAUGUUCAGACUGUGAUGAAUGCGCUUCAAACGCAGCAGCUUUCAGAGUUUUUUGAUGCUCUUUCUCCAAACAUCCGGGUCAAUGAACCGGGCUACUCUGCGGAGGUGAGGCGGACCUUCCUGCAGACGGUGUUUGCGCGAGGCGAUCUGUCGUCUCCUUCGGUCACUGAUUUGGAGCUGUCGGUCUGGCUCACGGUUCGACUCAGGCCGCUGCUCUCUGCCUUGAGCCCAGCCAACGUUACGGUGUACUUUGACAUCGUCAGGGCUCGAGGCUGCAGCGUCAAACAGGAGGCUGUCAGUGUGCUGGACUCUCAAAGAACGGCUCUGGAUGAAAACACACAACAUCAGAUCUAUAGUAACAUCCAACAGUUACUCACAGACGCUCCUCUUCGCUGUUAUGUCAGUGGCAGUUUCUACCUCUUCCUCAAGUCUUUCUUCCUCCAGUUUGGAUUUCCAGACCUCAACUCCUUCCAGUCUCUGAUCCCUGAGGACAGGAGGCCUGAGCUGUUGGGCUCCAUCUCUAUGGCCGAGCUGAGCGAGUUUCUGAACGCGCCACAAACCCUCGGAAACGGGUCGGGACUCUGCGAUCUGCUCAGCCAGUACAACCAGACCGCACGCUAUCUGGAGAUGGAGCCGCUGGGAUCCGUGGGUUUGGCCCGGCAGGUGCUAUCCUGCGUCUGGCCUCGAGUUCUGAAGCUGGAGAUCCAGUCUGAGGUGGAUCAGUGGUUCGACCGUCGGCUCGUGAGAUACCUGCCUCUGCUCAGCUCGGCGCUCAUCAGCCCCGCGCAGCUCAGCAGCGCCGCCUGUCUGCCCUACAGGAAACUUGUUUCAGUUCUUGGAAACAACUACAACUUCUCCAAAACCGAUUUCACCCCAGAGGACGUUUACGGCUCCGUGAAAGUAUAUCUCACAAAUGGUGGCUCACCACGUUGCUACAACGCCUCCAAUCCUCAGCUGAACUCCACAAACUGGCUCGUGAGCUACAUUGGCAUUUUCAUCAGAUACGUCAAUCUGUCUGACCUCAACUCCUUUGUGUCGCCUAACCAGAUCAAUGUCUUCUUGGAAAACCCAGAGAACCUUCAGCUGCUCAACGGCACGGCGACAGUCCAGUCGAGCGUAGCCAACUACUACGUAACACAGCUGUACAAUCAGAACCCGUCCUUCAACCCCAUCAGUCUCCCAGGUCAGUUCCUGUGUGGAAUCCCUUCAUUUGCGUUCGAGCUUCUAGGAGCAGCAGACAGUUUGGUGCUCAUCCAGCGGAUCAACGUGUUCUGUAAUGGAACCGAAAUCCCUGAGAUCACCUCUGCUCUCGCGGCCAAUCUCCCUUCGCUCUCCUCCGACACCAUUCAGCUGCUCGGCAGCCAGAGCGCUGGACUGACGGAGGCUCAGAUAAGCUCCGCCCCCUCUAAUGUCAUCAAGGGCGCGCUUUCGACUCUCAGCGCCGUCGCCGGCUGGAAUCAGGGCCAAGCUAACGCGGUCAUACAGACCCUCAUCGAGUCCGACUUUCCGAUCAACACCGGCUCUUCACUGCUGUCUCUCGGCACGCUCGUCAAGGGCGUUCCAGCAGAAACCAUCUCCGGCAUCGAAUCUUCAGAGCUCCUGGCCAUAUCCCAAAAUCCCACCUUCAUCAGCAACAUCCUCUCAGCGCCAGACAUCGUGCAGCUGGUUUAUGUCAUGAAGAUCGUGUCCAUAGAUGAGACUAAAGUCAUCGAGAACGUUCCGGACGCGUUGGCUGGCUCGAUCCCGCGCGUCUUGUUGAUCCCCCAGGAGUCCGUGAACGUCACUCUGAUCAACCAGAAGCACUGGACACAGGAGCAGGCUGUGAUGCUGUUCGGCUCUGUGGCGAGUGUCAGUAAGGACGCUGACGAGCUGUCUGAGGCACUGCUGCAGGGUUUCACCUGCACGUCGGCCCAGACGCUCGCCGACCCGAAGGUCAAGCAGCUGGUGAAAGCCUGCAGAAAUCGUCCGGGGCGGCAGAAGGUCCAGCUGAAAGAGAGUCAGCUGAUGUGCAUGUACAACUAUAUGAAAGACGAGGCUUCGCCAAGCUUUACGGAUUUGCCUUCAGACAUGCUGCUUUACUACAACUACGAGAAGGUGGAGAAGGCGAACUGCCGCUCGUAUUUCAGCGCCGUGGGCACGGCGGAUUACACCGUUCUUUCCGGCGUCCUUGACAAACAGAAGACUCUGUUUAACAACGCACAAAACUGUCUGGGUAUUUCGGGACAAAGGCUAAGCAAAGAUCACGUGGAGGUUCUGGGUAACCUGACCUGCACACUCGAGCCCGUCUACAUCCAAAACUCCGAUCCAGCCAUCAUUGAGAGCCUGAAAAACUGCCGCGAUCUAUCCGACGCUCAGAUCAGCGCUGUGCAAACACUGCUGCUCUCAGGAGAAACUGUCUACGGGAGCUCCUCUGGUUGGGAUCAGCAGAUGCUGGAGAGCCUCGACACGCUGCCGCUCUACUUCACUGGCGACUUCUGGAGCCGCUUCAGCGCGCCUACAAAGAGGAAGUACUUGAAGGUGUUCAUGCCAUUGCUGAGGACGAGAAACACGGAGAAGCCGAAACUAAAGAAACUCUUUAAAAACUGCAACGCUGUAUUAGACGCUCAAAGCAGAAUCAGGCGCUCUGCAGACUGCACCGCGGGCAACAUCACGGAAGCCACGAUCGCAGACGCCUCGUUCCCGUUCGGCUACACCGCGGCCCAGUUUGAUGCGUGUCUGACCGUCCGAGUCCUCAGAGAUAACCUGGCGGCCGUCACGGAGAAGGUGGACGACAGCGAUUUCCAGAGAAUCAUUCUGAGCAAGCUGAAGCAGGUGUAUCCGGCCGGUCUGUCCGACAGCGCGCUGCAGCUGCUCGCGUCUGUUUCGCGGCAGGCCACGCUGGACGAGAUCAGGACGUGGAACGUCACCAGCAUCGACACGCUGACAGCGCUGAUGGACCAUAACAACGGAGAAUGGGACAAAGACAAGAGCAAGGAGGUGAUCCUCAGGUAUCUGAGUGUGACCGGUCACACUUUAGGCAGUAAUGAGCUGAACGUUAUUGGCUCGAACAUCUGCGCGCUGAACAUCUCAACACUUCAGAGCAUUACAGCAGGAGACCUGAGCAAUGCAGAAGUUCUGGAUCUGUCCUCAUGUUCGUAUGAGCAGAAAUCAGUUCUGUACGUCACUGCCAACUCCUCGUUCAGAGCUCAGCGCAGCAACGGCCCCAUUUACUUCCACCUCAUCAGCCCAUACCUCGGUGGAGCUCCUGUGGAGGACGUGAGGGCUUUGGCCUCUUCUAACAUCACUAUGGACAUCAGCACCUUCAGAAGCCUUAGCAUACCUGUUGUCACGGGUCUGAGUGUGUCUGACGUUCGCGCUCUCAUGGGUUCGGCCGUGGGCGACCUGAAGGUGUUUGAGAACGACUCUGUGGUUCAGGCCUGGAUCGCCUCACAGCCGCAGUCUCAGUUAGACACGCUGAACGUGGGUCUGUAUGGAGGCCGUGCCGAUCCGAGCGCACCCGCACCCACACCCGUCACCGUCCAAAGCAACAGCACUGCUAACAGCACCGGCAGCGUCAUGUCGACGGCUCCCGGCCAAUCAUCUGUGGCGACAGUCACCGCACAAGGAUCUGCAUCCGCUCUGGGUCUCGGUCCAGGCCUGUGGCUCGUCGUGUCCUGCGUGUGGCUUCUGACCUUUACAUGAUACAUGAGCUCAACAUCCAUAACCAACAUUAUCAAAAAUGAAUGAAAUCAUGAUCAGAAAUCAGUUCGAUUGACACUCUCUAGUUCUGCACUAGAUCAAUGUCGGUAAUCAAUAAUGUAGUAUCACUAAUGAAUAGGAACUUAAUAUCACUUGAUUUUUGUCUCUCCCAUGUCUGUGUAAUCACAUUUGUUCUCAAAUUAUUUUUAAUUACAUUUUUCAGACUUUUCCAGUCUAAUAAAAAUAUUGACACUUGUUAUCUGACAAAAAAGUUAUGAAGGAAACCAUAUUUUGUGAGCUUAAUAUAACACAACAGCUAAUUAUUUUGUGCAUCAAGAGUAAAAUAUUAUUUUCACGUUCACUGUUACAGUUAUAAUUACUGACUUUUGUCUUCAAUAAAA